CGCGCACUUCCGGGGCUUGUCUAGCCGCCUUUUUUCUCCUUGGUGGUUGGUUGGGAGCGGCCUGGGUGACCGUAAUACUGUAGCAGCAUCAUGGCCGGCAUCAAAGCUUUAAUCAGCUUGUCCUUUGGGGGAGCUGUUGGACUAAUGUUCCUGAUGCUUGGUUGUGCCCUUCCAGACUACAGCAAGUAUUGGCCACUGUUUGUUCUGUUCUUCUACACCCUCUCUCCAAUUCCAUACUGCAUAGCAAGAAGAGUUGUUGAAGAUACAGAUGCUACAAGUAAUGCUUGCAAGGAACUUGCCAUAUUUCUUACCACAGGCAUUGUUGUCUCAGCAUUUGGACUUCCAGUUGUAUUUGCCAGAGCAGAACUGAUUAAGUGGGGUGCCUGUGCACUUGUCCUCAUAGGAAACACGGUCAUAUUUGCUACCAUCUUGGGGUUUUUCUUGGUUUUUGGCAGCAACGAUGAUUUCAGCUGGCAACAGUGGUGAAAAGAGUUGGAAUGAGAACUGUCGACAUCUCACGUCAUUCAGUGGCCAUCCAUACUACAGAAAGAAUGGGCAAUAAAGUGAAUGUACUGUUUCCACAGAGGGGACCCUAGGUGUAGGACACUCUGUAGUCACUUCUCUUUUCACAAACAACGUUAACAAUUUGCUUUAUUUAAACAUUUUUAACUUGUUGAUGCCAACAGAAUGCUUAAAUGUGAUGUUUAAAAUGUCUCUUUUUUGAAGAACAUCAUAGCUGUGUUUAAAUAUAAAGCUGAACUUUUGACUAUUGACUAUUUUAAAACUGUAAUGUGCAGUUGUGAAACCAAGAAAAGAAAACAAGAAGUCGAGGACACAACCCAGUCAAAAGUACGAGGCUUUUGACUGGGUCCGAGGCACAGAUGUUUGGAAGCGAGUUCCUGAAUUCAGCAAAGAAUAUGGUUGUGUACAGAAUUGUGCAUAUGGCCUGUUGACUUUAGUCAGAGAAUUAAGCAUGUGUUCAGUACUCUUAAUUCUUUUUUGAAAAUAAGUAAGAUUCUAGAAAGCUGGACUGUGCCCUUAAAGAGCAGGUAUGUAUAUUGUUGUGGGAUUUUGGAAAAGAGCUGAAAAGAAAAGCAUUCAGCAGCUGGCUGGUAGGGUUUUUUUUAUUAUAUAUGUGGCUGAAAAUGUGAUUCCAUUUAGAUGAGAAUGAGAAAACUUUUGAUGAUAAUGGGAUACCUAAGUGUUCAUUACUUUAAAAGUUUGUCCAGUGUAAAAAUAUUUUGCCAAUUUUUAUUUUUUGAUGAACUGAAAGGGGGGAAGGUGGAAUUUAAAUUUUCUUUGGGGAGUGGAAGACAGGACAUUUAAUUUUCACUUUUUAAAACCUUUUCUGAAAACUUUGUGUGUAUGUAUGAUGUGCUUCAACAUUCUAUGUCAAUUCUUUUUUAAGUUUUACCAAAGGAGAGGUUAAUUAAACUACUGAUUAUGGUUAUAACCCAGCAGAAGGAAACCCUGCACCAGACAUGUGGAAAUAAGUGGUCCUGCUCCAUUCCCAUUCACUUGCACCUAUUAUAUUUAGACAGUAUAAAAAGAUAAUUUCUGCUUCCCUUUUUUUUUUUUACUUUAUACAUGAUAUAAAAAGGUUUUUCAAAUGUAGAUUAACAUUUCCAUUGUAGGUAACCAUUUACCUGACAGACUAGUAACUGUAUGUAUAUACAGUCAGAGCUUGGCUGCAUUGCAAAUCUUUAACUAUGAAGAUUUUAUAGUAAUUCUGUUAAUGUUUCAGUUUAUGCACUAAUGUAUUAAAUGUUAGAUCAUAAUGGUAGUUCUGUUAAAAUAUAACACAUGUAAUUUGCGAUAUUUAAUAUCAGUUUCAUGCCACUUGGGUUUUUUGUUUCUAUUAACCAUAAAUUACCAUGUUUUGUAGAUAUAAUUCUUUUGUAGUCAUGCUUUCCUGGUAAUUCCUUAGUAAGAUACCUAAGUGUCUCUGUCUAUGCUUGCAUGUGAUUUUAUGCAACUAGGCAAGAUUUGAUAUAGUCUCUUAAACAUAGUCCCUUUUUUAAAACAAUGUGAUUGACAUGGUCCUCUCCACUAUCAGCCCAGUCCAGAGCGCCUUGUCUCCUCCCUCCUUGGCUGUUCAAUGGAUAUGCAUGUUUCACAGUGUGCCAGAUCCAUGGGAUGAUAAGGGACAGGCAAAUGCAUGUAAGGGUGCUGGACACAGGUCUCCAAUUGCAAAUAGCGCUUGGUGCACAGCAAUAUAUGACAUAUAGAGAAAGGAAGAAAGAAGACAAUGAAUUAAUUUGCUGAUCCCUUUCUAGUGACAGAACUCCAUCCAGGGAAGUAGAGCUGAAUCAUGGCCUACAUUUUCAGACAUCAUAAGAUAAAGGGAAUGUUUACACAGACUGUAAUAGUUAUCGUUGCACCACUAUAUAAAAACACAAGGAUGUCCUAUGCCCUUCUUUAAAACUGCAUGAUACAGAUUUCAAAUAGAAAAUUAUCUCUAAAGCCCGGUAAUCAUUACAGCUAUAUCUGUAUUGAAUCUUCAAAAAUAUUUUUUUCUCUGAGAGUUAAAGACAGAAAAUGGGCAAUACAAGUGUAUUUUGCAGAACCUGCACAAUUAUUUACAUCCCAGUCCAAGUUUAAAAUAUCUGAACAGUUCACACAUCAGUCUUGGGGACUAGAAGUGCAACUUCUGCUGCAUGAUACUGAGACUGAUGCAAUCACAUCCCUGAAACUCCUUUGGAAAUUCCUUCCACUGCACUCAUGGUGGAAUAGUCCUAGCCAUCAUAUAGACAGAUGUGAACUCAUUUUGUGAUCCUCCCAAUCCUGUACUGUACCAAAAUGGGUUCUCUUCUUCCCUGUACUACUCUUGCUUUGUGAUAAUGACAGGCUACUCUUCAAGAGUGCCAACUCUGUUAUAUUUUAUAGUAGUGUUUGUCUGCUUAAUAAUUUCUGGACAGCAUUGUGGCUACACAGAGCCUAUUAGACAUACUGCUGUCUCCAAGGAUCACGUGUUAGUUAUUUGAGACGUAUGUUUUUUCCCAUGUAAUAUGCACUGAGAAGCACUGCCAUCCUACAGGCAGAAAUUUUGAUGAAAAGACAAUAAACAAUUUAAAUAUCA